AAUGAAUGCGAUCAUAUAAGGUCCUCGUUAUGAUGAAAAAGGUGAUAUCAUAAAGAGAUCUAUUGUUGGAACUGUUGAUUAAUUGAAAAGAGAAGGCAAAGUCUCAUUGGAUAAUAGAAUAACAGAUGAAGAUUCUUCUAUGUUAAGAUCUUUUGUUAUUAAUCAUCAAUGCAACAAGAAACAAAUCGUAAACAAUAAUAAAAGAGAACUUACUCAAUUAAACAAGAUUUCAAAAGAGGAUAUAAGAUUACAUAUUGAUCAAGUUUAAAACAAUAUUAAACUUUCUGAAAUCUCACUCAGAUCUAAAGAAGACUCUUUGCCUAUUAUUGAGAGAAACUUAAUUACUAGAUAGAGAAGAAACUUAGAAUCAUCUCAAAAAUAAUAAGAUUAAUGCAAUCAAUUAUAAUUACAAUUAGCUAAUAGAUGUCAAAGAUUUCAUAAUAAUACUCUUAUCAGUCAAAGUUAAGGUUAUCGAGAAAAAAAAUAAUUGUUAGAUACUCUCAAUACUUUAGAAAAAGAAUCUAAUGUUAAAGAAUGGUAUCAAAAAUUGAGAAAUCAUCAUUUAACAAAUCAACCUACUAUCGAAAUUAUUAAAAAUCCAACUAAUGUUACAAUAGUUAGUGAUAAAUUCAAAAAUAUGAUCAAUCAAAGAUUAAAUUAAAAAUAUUAUAAUGCUGAUUAUCUUAUUGCCAAUGGAAAUAGUAAAUUAAAACUAGAAUCCAAAGAAGCUAGAGAUCUUAUGAUUCUACCUUAAGAACUUUCAUAACUACAAUAGCAAGAUUUUAAUUACUCCAAUUAUAAUAAAAAAGAUAUCAGUCAUCGAUCAUCCUAUAGAAUUGUUUAAUUAUAGUGA